AUGAUGGCCCUCGAAGCUACCCGGCCUAAACAACUCCCAUACUUCGAUCCCAUGACCAUGGAUCCCUCUAUGUUCUCUUUCCCCGUUGAGAGUCUUCCCAACUACACACAAGGCCAUGAUAUGUCCCAUGCGUCCAAUUCCUACUAUGAUACCCACCCUUUGUUGGAGUCUGCAGAUCUGCAAAAUCCAACAUAUUUUUCUUCUAUACCCGCCACACCCCCUUCGAUCUCUGCCUCUCACUCUGCUGAGCCAUAUAUUCCCACCGGGUCUGCUGCCUCGGGGCAAUCCAUUGCUAGCGCAUCUUCUUCGGCAAUGGGAUCACCAUACUCAGGAACCGCGCAUGCCUUCCAGGAGAACUGGGUGAAUACGAACCACGGAUUGGGUCUGCCAGCCGCAGUGAUGAACGACCUUUUCUCUCAGGAGUACAUGGGAAGUACGUUGGACAUGGAUAUGCCCUAUCAAGAAAAGUUCCCGGACCCUUUUGUCGAUCCCUCAUUGAUCCAACCAGCGCAACAAGGCCCUGGAAUCACCCCGACUAUCUCAUAUCCCGACCAACCCACCUCUUCCUACUCAAACGUGCCACCCAAUUACAUUUCCCACUCUCCCGCCCCAUCGCCUCUCCCAUAUAAUGACAUCGCAGACCACCACACAUCUCCACGCUCACACCCACUACAACACACUGGGCCGUCUCCCCUCAUGGUCCCACAUAGGUCACAUUCGCGCCCACUCUCGAUCUAUGAUCGACGAUCGUCCGUCUCGUCAAUGCAUUCCCGACGCUCGCAACACAGCCCGGCGCUGAGCAGCAUCGAGCCAGACGAAGACACCAAAGAAAAAGGGCGCUGCCCACACCCCGACUGUGGCCGAGUCUUCAAAGACCUGAAAGCCCACAUGUUGACUCACCAGUCUGAGCGACCAGAGAAGUGCCCGAUCCUGAAUUGCGAGUACCACAUCAAAGGCUUCGCCCGCAAGUACGACAAGAACCGCCACACCCUGACCCACUACAAAGGAACAAUGGUAUGCGGUUUCUGCCCGGGCUCCGGCUCCCCCGCGGAAAAGAGCUUCAACCGCGCCGACGUCUUCAAGCGCCAUCUGACCUCCGUCCACGGCGUGGAACAAACUCCACCAAACUGCCGGAAGCGCAGCCCCGGCGUAGCGAAGAAGGGCACCAACUACAGCCCCGACGCAACAGGAAAGUGCUCGACCUGUUCAUCGACCUUCAGCAACGCGCAGGACUUCUACGAGCAUCUGGACGACUGUGUUCUCCGCGUUGUGCAGCAAGAAGAGCCCUCGGAGGCGAUCAACCAGCAGCGUCUGGCAGAGGUCGCUUCAGACGAGGAGGUCAAAAAGACCAUGGAGAAGCACCAACUACUUGACGCGCCUGGCUCGGUCGACCAAGUCGACGAUUACGAAGACCAAGAUGACGACGAUACCCACGACCCCUCCAACUGGCGCGGUUUGAAGACCAAACCCAGAUCAUCCAAGGGCAACAUCCCCGCCUCCCGCCCUAUUAUCGGCUCCGGGAAUGCCAUCUCCAAGAAUUCCUCCAAGCCCCCCCGCACUGUCGCAACCCGUCGCCGCAAUAACCGUGGCAACUACCCCCAGUCCUGGGGAUGCCCCAGCAGCAGCAUGAAGACCAAGAAGCGUGUGCUGUGUGUCUUUGAUGGCCAACGCCGUCUGUGGAAAGACGAGAUGAUGCUCAACAAUGAGUUCGAGGUCCGUCUGAGACUCCCCGGUGGCGCCGGCGAUGGCACCAACCGUGAUGCUUACGUUACCGAUCUGGAUGUCGAGACGAUGAAGCGCGCUGAGGGCGUGCUGAGUGCCACUGAGGAGGAGCGUGGCCCUUGGAUGAACGGUCCUUCGUCUCAUAUUAUGGGUCAGCCGGCGAUGUUAUUGCCAGAACUAUCCCAGGAUGAUGAGAUUUCUAUCAAUGAAUUGAUGGCUUAA